AUGCCCAAUUGCCCUUCGAAACGCUCACACUGUCUUUAAUCUCCAAACGAACACAAGGCCAAAACAGAACAGAGAAACAUAGAGAUUUUGUGUUCUUGUUUGUUCUCCCAUCCCAAUCUUGCUCUCUUCCUUUCAAUCUUGUUCUUGUUUGUGCAGCGUUGAUACCAUGGGGAGGAAGAGGAACGCUUCAGUGAAUGUUCUGUUUCAGUGGGUGAGGGGGCAGUCAAUGAAAGUCAAGAUCUUUCUUGGAGCCUUUCUUGCCUUGUGUAGUUUGGUGGCUUUGAAGCUUUGGGUCAAAAAUCAUAAAUAUUUUUUUGUUGCCUCUGAAGCCAUUCAUUUUCUGGGGAUCAUCGUUCUCAUAUACAAGCUCACAAUUCAAAAGACCUGCUCUGGUCUUUCCCUAAAGACUCAAGAACUCACAGCUGCCUUUCUAGUAGUAAGAUUGGUUUGUAGUACCAUUAUAGAGGCUGAUAUACACACUGUGCUAGAUUCUGCUACUCUCAUUUCAACAGCUUGGCUCAUUUAUAUGAUACGGUUCAAGCUGAAGUCAACAUAUAUAAAGGAACUCGACAACUUUCGCUUAUAUUUUGUGGUAGUGCCUGCUGCUAUCCUUUCUUUGUUCUUCCACCCAUACACACUGCAAGGUCUCAUUGUUUCAGUUCUUUGGGCGUUUGGUGGCUACAUAGAAGCUGUUUCCGUACUGCCACAGCUUCGCUUGAUGCAGAAUGCAAAGAUGAUUGAGCCAUUUACCUCCCAUUAUGUAUUUGCAUUGGGUAUUUCAAGAUUCUUUGCUUGUGCUCAUUGGAUCAUUAUGAUCUAUGAAACUAGUGGCAGAUAUCUAUCCAUGGUUGGGAGUGGUUAUCUCUGGAUUUUGGCUGCCUUCCUGUGUGAAAUGGUUCAAACAUUCAUCUUAGCAGACUUUUGCUACUAUUACAUAAAGAGUUAUGUACAAGGUCAGCUCGUAAUGAGGAUGCCUGUCUAGAUUUCUAAUCUAACAGUUGGUGCUUGCUUACAGCAUUUGUUUUUCUUUUCUUUGAUCAAUAUACAAGCAUAUCUUGUAUUCUUGUAGCAUGGAGAAGCAAAUGAGAAAAAAUCUUGAUGUAGCUUUUUCUUAUAUAUGUUUAUGACGUUGGAUUAAGAAAGACAUGGUUACUUGUACUUCAUCAGGACAGAG